AUGCCAAGAUCCUUCCUAGUGAAAAAAAUAAUACGGACAUCUGACGAUGAAUUUGGACUGCCUUUCCAUAAAGGGAUACGUGAUCCCGGGACAGUAUUCACGGAUUUAACAUUUUCGGCAUUGGCGCCAUUCACACCGUCCAUCCAGCCGCUGGCUGUCAGAAUCUCAAAUGGCUAUAUUCAAGACGUCAUCUCCCCUGGUAACAGUCUCCAUAGCGACGGAGCUAGUGAUGGUGAACAGAGUACGACUAGUGAAUCCGAUAUUCACCCAAGUCCACGGUCAUCGGAGGAGAUCAAAGAUAUUGACCAGGUCGUGGAAGAGAAACUGAAAGAAUUUCAACAAAACAAUUUUGGUCACCCCUCACACACUGUGGGGUACACUUAUGAUGCCUUUUUCGUAACAGACGGUCGCUCCAGAAAGAAAAACUCCAUCCCCGAGCCAGUUUCAACUAAAGACAAACAAAAAUAUUCUUGCACUGAAUGUGGGAAAUCAUACGCCACCAGUUCGAAUCUUUCCCGUCACAAGCAAACACACAGAUCCUUAGACAGUGGCCAAGCGAAGAAGUGUCCUCAUUGUUCAAAAGUUUACGUCAGUAUGCCGGCUCUUUCUAUGCACAUUCUUACACAUGACUUGAAACAUGUCUGUAAGGUCUGUAACAAAUCCUUCAGUCGACCAUGGCUGCUACAAGGUCAUAUGAGGUCACAUACGGGUGAGAAGCCAUUUGGUUGUGCGCACUGUGGUAAGGCCUUCGCGGAUAGGUCAAAUCUGCGUGCGCAUAUGCAGACUCAUUCGGCUUAUAAAGAGUAUUCAUGCAAACGAUGCAAUAAAACAUUUGCCCUCAAGUCCUACCUUAACAAGCAUUAUGAAUCUGCCUGUUUCAAAGGAGAGGAAAUACCCAUAAUUCCUGACAGCGAUAUGGAAUCGAAUGCAAGCAUAUAGUGCACGUUAUAUGUGCAUAUAUUGUGCCGACAAAUUCUGACAAUAAUUAUAAAUAAUUCCAAGUAUGCAAAGCAAAGACUUCCAACUUACAAAAAUGAUAUGUAUAUAGCUGCCAUAUUGUACUUAGCAUAGGUACUUAUAUUUAUACUUCUAUUUAAAUAAGCAUAAUCUAGAUUUUAUAUUAAAAAUUCCAAAAAUAUGACAUGAG